GCUACCCCGCCUGGUGAUAUACCCGGUCGCGCUCGCUGCGCGCUGCUCUCUUGCGACGAUAAGCUCACUCCUGCCAGCUUUUCUGCCCUUCCCCGCCUACCCAGGCAACCACUCCCAUAUACACCCACUGGCCCUCCAGGGCAAAUCCCCCACGUCUUCAUUUCACCAACUCCUGUAUCACAACUACGUCAGAAACACGAAAAGCCCAAAAACAGCUCAUAACGACUCAAACAAGGACCACACAGCCAAUACAUCACGAACGACAUGACCGACGAAGCCGCUCCUUCCACCCAGCAGAACGCGCCCAAGAAGGACGAGAAGAAGCCUGCCUCCGCCGGUGGUGGCCAGAACAAUGGCGGUAGGAAGCGCAACCCCUCGCGCACGGCCUCCGUAAGUGCCAACAACGCGAAUGCAAACGCCCCGAGGCCGUCGUCCGGGGCCAGCAACAAGAGUACCAACAAGAGAGGCCCGUCCAAUGCUCCCACGGGCACCGAUUCCGGCUCGGAGUCCAAGAAGGGCAACGAGCAGAAGAAGACUGAGCAACGUGGCAAGCCGCAAGGGGGGAGUAAUGCGCGCUCCAAUGGCCAUCGCAAGGGGCAGUCGACUGCCCAGAGUCGCCAGGGAGGUAACAAAGCGAACAGCAACGUUCCUCAGCCGAAGCAGCAGUCUAACUCGCCUGCUCCUCCGACCGUCGUGGACAACAGCGACGCUCUGUCGUCCCUGCAGAGGGUCAUUGCUGACUUGAAGACGACCCCGAACCCCUCUCAGACGCCUAACGCUUAUACCUCCAAUCUGCCCGCCAACGCACCCGUCUUCCAGCCUGGUGCGAACGCGUACCCCACCGCUCAGAACGAACAGCCGCCUAGGCACCGCAAGGCAGCAUCCUUAGGCACCACUGGCAACCCCGCGUACAACCCGUACUCCCCUCACUUGGGCUCCAUGAUGGAGGACGUCGAGGAAGGCCAGACCAAUUUCCCCGUGGAAGACGGAGAGAUUACCGAGACCGCGUAUCCUGCGGGUCACCAACGUCGCUCGCUGUCGCAGAGCUUCACCGCUCCCCGCUUUGCGGCGCUUGCCGCCCAGGAGGGAGAGAUAGUCGGGCCGACUGGCCGUCCGCAGCUCGCACCUGGGUUCAUGUUUGGCGCCAGGCGACGCCCUAGCCAGAGUGUCAACUCGCCGAUGGGCCCUCCCAUCAACGAGGAGGACGUUGGCUUCCAGUUCCCACAACAAGCGCAGCAGCAUAAUUUCGACAUUCCCGCUGGCGAGAUGAACCAGAGGAAGAACGACGGCGGGCCGGAGAUCUCUGGUAUCAUGGCCGAGCAGAUUGCUCUCCAGAACCAGAUCGAGGCCCUGCAGCAACAGCAGGCGGCAUUGUACCAGCACCAGCUCGCUUCCAACCAAGUCCUCUCGUUUCAGACUCCGGGUCUAGCACCUGGACGUCCCAAUGUCCACCGUCGCGUGCACAGCACCGUUCCUAUGGGAAUGGGCAUGAACCCCUUCGGCGGCCCGCAGGCUGCUAUGGGUCAAUUCGGGAACCUCGGUAUGGGGUUGGAUGGCCAACCCUCUGGCGUUCCCCGCGGUCACGGCCGGCGUCACAGCGUAAACGUCCUGAACAAGUCGGGAAGCUCUGCGUUGGGAGCCCUAGGCUUCUCUCAGAGCGCUGAUGGAUUCGACGACGGAUUUGCGGCCCCCGGCGGAGGCGGACACGCACGCAACGAUUCGAGCUGGCGCAUCAACGGAGGCGUUGGCAGUAUGCAGAACGGAAACUUCGCGGCUGACCUCGCACAGGCUCAGGCGCAGCUCAACAGCCUCCAACAAUUCCGAGCUGCUGCAGGCGGUCAUCACCAGAAGAUGGCUUCGUUCAGCUUCCCCAAUAUGCUGCCGAACAUGAUGGCGGCGAAUAUGAUGGGUCUCGGCCUGGGUGGAAUGAACCUUCUCCAACAGCAGCAACAGCAAUUCCAAUCUCAGCUCCAGCAACAGUCCAACCAACCUCAGCGCAAGUCGCUGUUCGCUCCUUACCUUCCUCAGGCCUCCCUGCCUCCGCUCCUUGCCGCCGGCAAGCUCGUCGUUGGUAUCCUACGAGUCAACAAGCGCAAUCGCUCUGAUGCGUACGUCGCGACUGAGGUGUUGGACGCCGAUAUCUAUAUUUGCGGAUCCAAGGACCGUAACCGCGCCCUCGAAGGCGACAUCGUUGCUGUAGAGCUUUUGGACGUCGACGAGGUGUGGGGCACGAAGAAGGAGAAGGAGGAGAAGAAGCGUAAGAAGGAAGAGAACUCUGCCUAUGACCUGAAGGGCGCGGCCGGUCGCAAGAACGACAAGAAGAAAGACGAUGUCGAAGUUGAAGGCCAGGGUCUGAUGUUGUUCGAAGACGAGGAGGUCACCGAUGAAGUGAAACCUCAGUUCGCCGGUCACGUCGUCGCCGUUGUAGAGCGUAUGCCUGGUCAGCUGUUCUCCGGUACUCUGGGUCUCCUUCGGCCCUCCUCGGCUGCGACCAAGGAGAAGCAGGAGGCUGAACGUCGCGAGAGGGAGGGCGACAGGGGCGAUGAGCCUCGGCGUCAGAUCGAGCGGCCCAAGAUCGUUUGGUUCAAGCCUACUGACAAGCGUGUUCCUCUUAUUGCCAUUCCUACCGAACAAGCUCCCGCGGACUUCGUCCUGAACUCGGAGGCCUACGCCAACAAACUGUUCGUGGCCUGCAUCAAGCGACACCCCAUCAGCUCUCUUCACCCCUUCGGUACCCUCGUAGAGGAGCUUGGACCGAUUGGUGAUAUUGAGGUCGAGACGAGCGCUCUCCUCAAGGAUUGCAACUUCCCCACCGAGGAGUUCAGCGAGAACGUCUUGAAAUGCCUCCCCCCUAUGCCCUGGAGCAUCCCCGACCAUGAGCUGGAUGCUCGCAAGGAUCUCCGUAACGAGCGCAUCUUCACGAUUGAUCCCGACACUGCUAAGGAUCUCGAUGACGCCUUGUCCGUGAAAGCGAACGAGGACGGCACCUUCGACAUUGGUGUCCAUGUUGCCGAUGUUACCCAUUUCGUCAAGCCCAACUCUGCCUUGGACCGCGACGCCCGCAAGCGCGCUACCAGUGUCUACCUAAUGCAGCGUGCGGUCCCGAUGCUUCCACCUGCUCUGAGCGAGCAGCUCUGCAGUCUCACUCCGGGUCAGGAUCGCCUGGCAUUCUCCGUCAUCUUCACCAUGACUCGGGAUGCCAAGGUUGUGAAGAAGUGGUUUGGCAAGACUGUCGUGAAGUCGUCCGCGAAGCUGAGCUACCAAAAUGCUGCAGCCAUGCUCGAGGGACAGACCCCCGAGUUCGAGCGUGCUCCGGAGCAAAACGUCUCCGACUACGUACAGGAUCUCAAGGUGCUCAACGACCUGGCUCACCAGCUCCGUGAGCGUCGCUACAAGGACGGCUGCAUCAGGACAGAGUCGCUGAAGCUCACCUUCAAACUGGACGAGAACGGCAUGCCCGUCGACUGCGCUCAGUACCAGCGUGGUGAUGCCCACCACCUGGUUGAGGAGUUCAUGCUGCUCACCAACACCGCUGUUGCGCAACAAGUUGCGGUGCACUUCACUGAGCAAGCUCUCCUGCGUCGUCACGACGCACCGAUUGAACGGAGACUUAAUGCGUUCGUCGAGCGUGCGGCGCGUAUGGGCUUCAAGCUCGAUGUGUCUUCUCCUGCGGCGCUCAUGAGAUCCUUGGAGACGGUCACCGACCCCAGUGCUCGCAAGACUUUGGAGCUCUACUUGAGGAAGGCGUCCUCUACGGCCAAGUACUUCUGCGCUGGCAUGCUGGAUAUCGCCAAAUAUGGCCACUACGCUCUCAACAUCCCCCUGUACACUCACUUCACCUCUCCGAUUCGUCGGUACGCGGACGUUCUUGUCCACCGCCAGCUGGAUUCCAUCCUUCAGGGUGGUUCAGAGCCUAAGUUCACCAUGGACCGCGACGCUGUUGCGAAGGUUGCUCAGCAGUGCAACAUCAAGCGGGAUUCGGCCAAGUUGGCACAGGAGCAGUCGACGCACCUGUACCUUUGCAUCUUGAUCCAUGAUUUGACCCAGCGUUAUGGGCCGGUCAUUCGUGAGGCGAAGGUUGUGGGUGUGCUCGACGCUGCCUUCGAUGUUCUUGUACCGGAGUUCGGUAUCGAGAAGAGGGUACACGUUGACCAGAUGCCCAUCGACAACCACGUUUACGACGAACACACGCACACGCUGCAGAUCUACUGGUCCAACCGCGACGUUAUCACCUGGCUCGCCGAAAACAGCGACGACGAGCACCUCAAGAACGUCAAGCAGAACGCGGAGCAGCAUGCGCUCAAAAUGGAGGUCGCGUCCAGGUCUGUGCACGACGAGAAGGCGCUCUUCGAUGAAGACGAUGGCGAGGACGAGAUCGUGCUCGGGCGUGAUGACCGCCAGAAGGACGACGGGGUUGAGUCGAAGCAGAGGCAGCUCUCUAAGAGCAGAGUCGCGCCGCGCUUCGAGGGCCUGCGUACCACUUCUGCUGGUCACAAAAUCCAGGAGAUCAAGGAGCUUCAGACCGUGCCGGUCAUCGUCACGGCUGACCUCACCAAGAGCCCUCCGGUUAUCAAGGUCUACAGUGUCAACCCCUACGCUGACCACAGGGCCGAGUACAAGUAAAUUGCCCGUGUCUCCAUAUUCGUUCUCCGUUCCUUCUCAAUGUUGUGACCCCGCGGGCUCAGCGUGGUUGUACGAUAUAAGUCCCUAUGUUGUUGAUGCUGGAUGAUUGCCUUCAUGUUCCCCCUCAUGUCACGCUCUUACGGCACCCUCACCUGCAGUUCUGCUGUCCUGCUGUUGUCCGCCGUUGUAUUCAAGCGCGGUUGUGUACGUUUUGGAUGUUUCUACGAUGCUGAUGUCCCUUACAAAAUUCAUGAUCAUGUCAUCUCUAA